AGAAUCCCGGUUGUGUUUUGUGUGUCAACAAAGGGAGCCAUGGAGAAACUCCAGACGAAGAGGCCGUCGCCCGAGGCUGGCCACUCGCAAAUCCAGCGCAUUGAAGGCCUCCUCAACGACCCAGUGUCAGUGUCGUCGAUCUGCAAGCUGCCAUGGGUGACUUAGACCAACGUCCUGCCAGUCUGGAGGAGGUACAAACAUUGUUAGAGUGAGAGACUGAUCUUGCGAACCAAAAAGAACAACCAGAAGCUCGUGAAAUGAAAAUACGAUGCAUAAUUUAUGAAGAGACAGUGAAAGAAAUUGUGGAAAGCAGGUUAUGUCCAUCGUGUUGUCAGAACAAUGCUACUGCUAGACUUGCGCACCACCAAAUAGACACGUACGUCCAAGUGAAGUGUUCAUGUGGUCACGUUGUAGUGGAUACUACCAAGUGAAAGAAUAUUGUUAUCCCAUGACAACAUUAUUAGUAUACUGCAUGAUGUGACCCUGAACAGAAAGGUAGGUACAACUGCUAGUGAAAUGCGCGAGGAAAUCAUGUCAACUUUCUUUCACUGCACGUCAACAGACGACAAUCCUCAACUUGACAGAUGUGCCAAAGGUGAAGGUCAUGGUGCUUCUACAAUAGAAGCAUUGCUCUAGGACAACAGCCUCAUUCCCACACCACAAUGAAAGUUUAUUUCCGCCUGGAAGAAGCUCAGAAGAGGAAAAUAAAAGCCGUCUAUGACAGACUCGCAACAGAUGAAAUGAUGAAUCGAUGUCUUCAGGGCAUAACUCAAAACCGAAAUGAGCACCUGCAUUCAAGAAUAUGGAGGAUAUGCCCAAAACAUCGCAAUGCAUCAAAAAUGUUGGUGGACUUCGCAACAGCAACUGCGGUAUGCAACUACAAUGUCGGCUACAGUGAAGGCAACUUGGUAGGCCUACUUGGCAUUGAGUCUACACUUUCUAUGGAAAAAUAUCUGCAGAACAUGGACAAGAUGAUGGACUCGCCAUUCAGACGAAAAAUUAGGAACAAGACCCUGCAAAGAGACUUGGAGUAUGCAGCUGGAGGCUUCUGAUUGGCUCUGCGUUGUAAACAAACCCAUUUUUCUCAGUUGUAAGUUAUUGUGCUGUAAGUUGUUACUGCUCUGUCAGUUUUUAUGCUUUUCACUUAAUUCUUUUUUCACUGUGUUCGUCAUUUAAUUUUCUAUAAGAUAGAAGCAAUUUUUUUUUUUAUAAGUGUAAUUUGGAAUUUUUAUACAUGUGUAAAUGCUGAGUUUAUAGGCGCAGUGACACUUAUUGAUGUUUUUUUUAUUAUUUGUGCCAUUAAAAAUCAUAUAAUUGGAAAAGUAAAGCUUCUAGUUUGUUAGGCAAUGAUUACUUUCAUCAAAAAUAAUUUUAAAAACUAAUUAUCUUAAUUAGCUUGGAAGCCUUAGUCGGUCAAAGUUCGCUUAAAAUUUUAACUAAAUUUUUACAUUUUAAAUUUUUUCUCUUUUUCUUUUCCAUGUACCAUCUUCAAACUUUCUACAAACGUAAGAAAGUAUCUUAGCUAUAUGUCAAUAAAUUUUCAUGAAAAUUGA